AUGAGAUCCGCAAUCACUCUCCUUGCCUUGGCCGUGCUCAUGCAGGUCCGCGCCUGCCGUAAGAUUGGUGUCUAUGGAUGCAUCGAUGUUAAUACCAACUGUGCGCUCUUAAAAGGAUGUGUUAACGCCAUUGACCCAGUAUGUGUCAACUUCCCCAAAAGUCUCAAUGACAAAAUGAACUCCUACCUAGGAGGCAAAACCCAGAUUAUGUUCUAUGAGCACUAUGAUUACCAGGGCGCCAAACUGGAAAGUAGUCGAUGGAGGGAUGUCCCAAAUGGAGGCUCAUUUCGACCCGCACCCUAUGCCAAGCAAGUCAGUUCCGUGAUGAUAAACUACUACACCAGACGAUAA